GUUUAUUUUUUCGUUUGUGAUAAAUAAGUCGGUCAUACUCGUAUAAUAUGUUCCAGAAUCGUGUUCUUUCUGAGACGAGCUUCGCAAUCGAAAAUCCAGAGCCUUAACAAUUAACACAUAACCCCUUUGCCAUUGUCACACCAAAUCUUUAUACGAUAACUGUUGUUGAAGAUGGCGGGUAGAGAAGUUCGAGAAUACACCAAUCUCAGCGACCCCAAAGAUAAGAAAUGGGGCAAAGGGAAGGAUAAGAUUGACGAUGAAGACAUUACUUUCCAACGAAUGGUUGCAAAGGGAUUUUGGCUUCCUGUAUUGGGUGGUUGAUGCAUGCAGAUGCAAGAGGUUGCUGGUGAGCGUGGUGGUUACCUUCAUGGGCGAGGCGGUACCGCAUCUUUUUCCCCUGAUUUUGUGUUUUCUAUGUUGCUUGUGUUAUGUCAGCUGUUACCACUCAUUCUUUGGCUGCCGCUGCUCAUAUAUCAUGUAUAGUUUCUCUGGUUUUUUCUUAAAUUUUCAAUGUGCAGCCUUGGACAGUGAUGAUUUGCUCUAUCUAAAGGAGCAAAUGGAAGCCGAGGAGGAUGCAGAACGUCUCCUGCGUCGCACUGAAAAACGGGCAUUCGCCGCAUUUAAGAGAGCUGCAAGCUUAGCAGAUUCUUCACCGGCGUCAGUUCCAUUGGCAUUUCGUGUCGAGCCAAAGCCAAAGAGUGGGAUCAGUGUUUAUAUCUGUAUAUAUAGGCAGCAAGAUCUGUUGAAGAAAGUUGUGGAGAUUAAACCUAAGCGCCCAAGGACUGAUGGCAAUCAGUCCCCAGCUUCCAGUAACGUGUCUGUUACAAAUCGUAAGCCUGAGCAUCAUAAUGAGAACGAGCGGCCUUCUUCAGGACUGAAGAAAGUAGAGGAGCAAUCUUUGUCUGGAUUGCAGAAAGUAGAGGAACGUCCGUCAUCGGCCUCAUGCAAAGCAGAAGAAAAGCCUAAGAAUGCUAACACUGCUGGUGGGGGAUUACUGGGCUUGGCAUAUGCUAGUUCUGACGACGAUGAUGAAGAAUGAUACUUUUGAUGGAAAACCACGUUGUUCAGUCCAAGUUAUGUAGUUUUAGUACAGAAAGUUUUAUUUCUUUUAGAACAUUUUGUUAUGAUAUUGCGUAGUGAAGAUGGCAUGAAUUACUAUGAAGGCUGAAAGAGAACAAGAUGAAGUGCUACUAUUUAAGUGUACAAUUAGACGAAAAGUACAAUUUUGAAUGAAUCUUUAAACUUUAAUAUGCUAGUUGUGUUUCUUGCCAUACAAUUUUGUAAGCAUUUGGUAAAGUGCAAUCAGGGCACA